AUGAACCCCCAGAGGCAGCCAGGUGCCGUGGAGCCCCUCACUCACCCGUACCAGCCUCGGAGCCGCUCCCCGCCGCGAUACUGGCUCAGAUCCAACCCCUACCAAGCCAACCUGCUCCGAGACGGUGUGCGGAGGUACCUGCAGCUGCCGGCAGACCAGACAGUACUCAUACUGCACGCAAAGGUCGCCCAGAAGUCGUAUGGCAAUGAAAAAAGGUUUUUCUGCCCCCCGCCUUGCGUUUACCUGAGUGGGCCGGGAUGGAAGUUAAAGCAGGAGCAGCUAACAGCCAGGGACUUGGGAGAGGCAGGUUUCCGCGUGUGGGGAUACAUGGGGCUGGACAGCAUGGGCAGCAGCCUGAUGGAGACGCAGAAGCUGAGCUUCGAGGAGCAGCCGGACUCAAAGGGCUUUGGCUGCGCCAAGGCGCUGUACAUCUCGGACGCGGACAAGCGCAAACAUUUCCGCCUGGUCCUGAAGCUCUUCUUCAGCAAUGGGCAGGAGAUCGGCACCUUCCACAGCAAGCUGAUCAAGGUCAUCUCCAAGCCCUCGCAGAAGAAGCAGUCACUGAAGAACACGGACUUGUGCAUCUCCUCGGGCUCCAAGGUGUCCCUCUUCAACCGCCUGCGCUCCCAGACCGUCAGCACCCGCUACCUCUCCGUGGAGGGGGGAACCUUCAUCGCCAGUGCCAGGCAGUGGGCGGCCUUCACCCUCCACCUGGCCGAUGAGCACUACAACCGGAGUGAGUUCCCCCUGCGGGAAGGGUACAUCCGCUACGGCUCCGUGGUGCAGCUCAUCUGUACGGCCACUGGCGUCACCCUGCCUCCCCUGAUCAUCCGGAAGGUGAGCAAGCAGUACGCCAUGCUGGACGUGGACGAGCCCAUCUCCCAGCUCCACAAAUGUGCCUUCCAGUUCCAGGGCAGCGACCGCAUGUACCUGUGUCUGUCCACAGAGAAAGUCAUCCAGUUCCAGGCGUCUCCGUGCCCGAAAGAAGCCAACCGGGAGCUGCUGAAUGACGGCUCCUGCUGGACCAUCAUCGGCACCGAGGUGGUGGAGUACACCUUCAGCGAGAGCCUGGCCUGCGCCCGCGAGCCCGUCAGCCCCGUGCCGCUCAUCGCUGCCCUGCAGCUCACCGGUGGCGGGGACGUGGCCAUGCUGGAGGUGCAGGGCGAACAUUUCCACGCACACCUCAAGGUCUGGUUCGGAGAUGUGGAGGCGGAGACGAUGUACAGGAGCCCCAAAUCCCUGGUGUGCGUUGUCCCCGACGUCUCCGCCUUUGGCAGUGACUGGAGGUGGCUGCGAUACCCCAUCACAGUCCCGCUCCUGCUGAUCAGGGAUGAUGGCCUCAUCUACUCCAGCUCGUUCACCUUCACCUACACCCCGGAGCAGAGCCUCCUGCCGGGACAGCCGGUCCCCUCGGAUGUCCCGCAGGACUCAGACAAACUGCUCGACAGCAUCCACCAGGAGUUCACCAGGACCAACUUCCACCUCUUCAUGCAGAGCUAG